AUGGCUGACGCGACGAAUCGCGUCCAAAAAUCCACAAUCUAUAUCGGCGGUCUCGACAACCAAGUCACUACGCAAACUCUUCACGAUGCCUUCGUCCCUUUCGGCGAGAUAGUGGACAUCUCGCUUCCCAAGCCCGAACUAGCAUCUUCCAAAGAACCCCAUAGAGGCUUCGGCUAUGUCGAGUUCUCAUCGACAGAGGAUGCCGCCGAAGCCAUUGACAAUAUGGAUCAAUCCGAGCUCUACGGCCGCGUGAUCAAGGUGAACCAAGCGAAACCACAGAAGGAUGCGAGUGAAGGACUCGGAAGCAAGACAGCAAUCUGGGAACAGGUACUAUUUACCCUCUGCCCAUAUGUGAUCUCAUCUGUGGCGAAUUUCUGACCGUGAUGCUAGGAGGGUUAUGCAGCGAAGUACGGUGUCAAUCAAGAAGGCGAUGAGAUGGCUACAGAUGGCGGCCAGCAAGACCAUGAACCGAUGGAUCCAAUGCAAGGACUGGAGGGUCUAGCAGAGGCUGGACCGCGAAUGCAGUGA